GGAAGUUAGUGUAGUAGCGUGACUACAUGAAACGAUGCACAUGUUGCAGUGUAGAUUUAUCAGCAAACCUACGAAAACACCGAAAGCUUAGUUCCAGCACUAUGGCCCCUUCAGAUUUUAAAAGUUUGGUCAGAAGAUUUUAUGUUCUUCAAUCUGAACGUGUGGAGGCGUACAAGCUAUUUGAGGAGGGUCAUGAGGCGUAUUUAAGGACAGGGCCUCACUAUGACUUUGAGCACUACAAGCAGCUGGUCAACGAGAUAACGAAAGCUUUCUGCGGCAUUUCCAAAGAAGUUCUGACGAUCAAACAGCAACUGCACCAAGACUUCGACCGGCCCGACCUCUCCGAACACAUCGACAAACUGCAGAUUAAAGAGAAAGAAAAGCUGGAGCUGACCGCCAAGUUACAGUUGGCUAGGCAGAGUGCGCAGGAUCAUCCAGAAGACGAGGAUUUCCAGGAGAAAGUCCGUGAAAUCAAACAGGAAAUCAUAAAGAACACAGCCGCUUUGAGCGAGAUUCUGCAAGACUUUAAGUUUGACUCAGAGGAGCCUGAAUGAGCGGCUCUCAGGAGGCCCAGAUCUUUCUCAUCUAAUGAACAGGCAUCUGAGGUAUCGAUCGCUGUCUCAGCUGCUCUAUACAUGCACUGCAUUGCAGGCUUUAUAACGCACAGCUUUAUUUAAAACAGUUUGCUGUCUUUUAUUCGUUUAUGUCAGAAUAACGUGUGACAAAACAAAGCUCAUACAAACGUAAAUCUGUUCAUUCUAAUGGAGUUCAAAUGGUGUUCGUGAUCAUAUGCAUAAUAAUGUCUUUACAUGCCUUAAAUAUUUUGAUAACAUUUGUACAGACAAAACUAUUUAUACAUAAUAAACAGUAUGUACUUGAGGAUUUUUUGAAGACAAAUGACAGAAUGCAUGUCAGGUUCCCCAUUAAAUGAUGUAAAGCUGUAGUGUGUUUUCCAAUUAAAGAGCCAGUACGCUCAAAUCAUAUGAAAA